AUGAAUGGUUUGAAAGAAUUUCCUCGGUUGAAUUCGUCUGUCCGAACAUAUACACUCGAAAAAUUUCAGAUGCUUCGUUUCGAAGUAACAGCACCAUCGGGUUUGACUUUAGUUUCGGGCGCUGCUGAAAUUUUUGGUACUGAACUUGUUUGCGGUUGGGAAUUACAUUUAUAUCCGGGUCAGCGAGGGACAGUCGUUACUUUCCAUGGUUGCAAACUAAUCGUUCAAGAACAAGGAAUCGCUGCCUACGUAAUAACUUCAUCAGAGGAUCAGGAGAUUGUCCAUGUCUACAUGAAUAUUCAUGCAAGCCUGGAGGUCUCACGUCAGAAAGCUGCAAGCGAACAAAGCAGAGGUCCACGAGUAUUGGUCUGCGGCCAAGAAAGUGUUGGAAAAUCUACACUUUGUCGCACUUUGGCAAGUUAUGCAGCCCGCAGGAAACAUAAGCCGGUACUUGUGGAUGUGAACGUUGGGUUGAAUCAGGUAUGCAUACCGACAACUAUUGCAGCGAUCAGUGUCACUAAACCCUAUGAUUUAAUGGAAGGCUGGGGUUUAGAAGAAGAUCCACUUGUUUUUUGUUUUGGUCACACAGAUCCUGCUAGUAACUUAAAUCUUUUCCGGAACAAGUAUGUGAAUCGGUUAGCUGAACUCAUAAAUAUUCGUUCUGAGAAUGAUAUGAGCAUUUUCACAAGUGGUUGUAUCAUCAACAUGAGUGGAUUUCGUAAAGAUGAUUCUGAUGGGGGAUCUAGUAAAGAAAAGGGUAUACAAGCUAUACGAACAACUGCUGCAGCAUUCGAGAUUGAUACGCUUUUGGUAAUAGAAGAUGGAUUUCUUGCUUCUUUCCUGCGUGAAGAUCUACCUCCUGAAGUGACUAUUGUACGACUACCGAAAUCAUCAGGUGCUAUAACUAGAAGUCCAGAUCAGUGGAUACGUCAACGCGAUAGUCGAGUGUGUGCUUAUUUGCACGGAGAAAAUCCCUUAAAACGACUUCAUCCACAUCAAAUUGUUCUUAAAUCCUCUGAGUAUUCCAUUUAUAAAGUUGGAAGUGAAGCUAUUCCAGAUGCACUUCUUCCUCAUGGUUCACAGGAAGAAGAAACUUGGCGUACGCCGAUUCAAGUCCCGGUUAGCCGAGAUUUAAAAAAUCGUCUACUAGCUGUUUCACAAGCAUCAGAACCCUAUCAAGUUCCAGAAGCACCUGUUUAUGGAUUUGUUGUUGUUGUCAGUGUUUCUGAAGAUAAAUCCGUAUUCACAAUCUUUAGUCCAAGUGCACAUCCACCUCCAAAUAAUUUAUUUUUAUUAACUAGUAUUUGUUAUGUUGAUCCUGAAUUAGUUUAG